CUGAGGUUUAACAUAACAGUGAGAUAAGUGAAGACGCACAAUCGCGCUGGGCAAACACAACUUGUAAACAGAUAAAAGGACAUACAUAAAUGAUCUGUCUGAUAUGCAGUGCCAGCCUCUUCUUUCGCUCAUUUGCUAUACACACUAUUCAGUGCACAAAACUGAAUCAGUCUAAACAUGGCUGCAUCCGCACCGCUGGUGAGCACAAAAUGGUUGAGCGAUGCUCUAGGUGAACAAACUUCGCCGUCGUCAUCGUUAUCAUCGUCGACGUCAUGCACACUACGUGUGAUCGAUGCCACGUGGCUGGGUAUCAUGACCGAGGGCCGAGACGCCUACCAGACCGAACACGUACCUGGGUCGGUCCAUUUCGAUCUCAACCAGUGCCGAGAUAAAACUUCCCGCCUCGAAUUCACACUCCCGUCCGCCGAAAACUUUGCAAAGUACGUCGGUGAGCUCGGCAUCGACAACGAGACUCACGUCAUCGUGUACGAGAAUGACCCAAUAUUCCGUAUGAUGUCAGCACCGCGGACAUGGUGGAUGUUCAGACUGUUUGGUCAUGAUAAGGUGUCGGUUCUGGAUGGAGGAUUAAAGCAGUGGAAGGAAGAUGGUUACGCAGUCGAGAGCGGGGACGAGUCGGUGGUCGACCAGCGGGUCUUCUCGGCAAAGCCGACAAACCCCAGUCUCCUCAAGAAUUUCGAUGAGGUUUUGGAAAACCAGAAGACGGAUAAUUUCACUUUGAUUGAUUGUAGGCAACCGGAAUGGUUCGACGGCAGUAUGGAUUCUAUUUGGCCUAACUUACCGUUGGGGUACAUCCUGAAGUCGAUCAACGUUCCUUUCAGCAGUAUGGUCCGUAGUGAUAGCGACCGCAUGAUAGCGCGGGAAGACAUUCUCAAACUUUUUCAAUCGGCGGGUAUCGAUCUCGCACAGCCUCUUGUCAGCUCGUGUUUCGUGGGCAUCAGCGCGUGCACGAUCGCGCUCGCGGCCUACGUGGUCGGGAAGGAGGACGUGGCGAUCUACGACGGAUCGUGGGACGAGUUCUGCAAGAGCGCUCCGAAGGACUCGCAUGUCAUCAUCCCUGCUCCAAAGUUAUAAGAUAUCCCGAUUAGUGGCGUAGCACCAGGGCGGGAGGGGGGGGGGGAUUCUUUACAGAGGCUCAUCUGAUUGGUAUAGGUAAUUGAAUUUGAACAAAUUUCCUGAGUAAUGAUUACACAUGAAAAUCUGUUUGCCUUGGUUCUUCAGACGACUGGCAGAAUUGUUAAUAAGUUCAUGGUAUGUUCUUCAUAUGUUUGCAUGGUGGUGUAGACGAGUGAGGAACAUUUAAAUGGCUGUACCAUGUGUGUAGUCGUUACAAGGACUGUUACUCUUUCUGUGAGAGAUAUGUUAGUUCUUAAAAGACUGUUGUGUAAUUCUGUUGUGGUUAUAGUUCUGAUAAGAAUUUUUAGAUCUUUCAGUUUCAAAGUAAAAGAUGGUCUCCACGUUUCGGACAAUUACACAACGGUUAUUUUAAGAAAUAACACAUCUCUCCAAGAAAGAAUAUGUCAUGCCAAAGGACCUAAGCACCACGGCAGGACUUAAUCCGCAAACCAUGUGAUCAACGGCCCAAUGAUGUACCCACUCUUCACCCAGCCUGCCCAGGUAUUAAAUGGGAACCCGGUAGAAUGCAAACAUUCCUGUAGUUGGAUUGGCACGACGUGCCCUCUUAAAACAGCACCUGGCCGGAACACUCCUCAGGGAGCGGAGUGUGUGCACAACCAGUUGAGGAUAAGCGUUUGAAUCAAAUGACCGGGGUAAUAAUAAUUAAAAUUAAAGGCUAUACAAAUGUGAGUAUUAUUAUGGGGGCUGUUGCAGCUCCUACCCUCUUUCUGAUACCUCUGGUGACAUUUUACAAGUACUUUAUAUGCACUGGAAAUUCUGAGACACACUCCAAAUGCGACUACCCACUAUAGAGGCUAAGACACAAGGUUACUUCCAGAAAUACUUGAUAUCUUUAUUACUCGAUAAAUUCAUUUGGUUUUUUCAAUAGACAUGAGAUAUGCUUUGUCUGUGCUUCAUAUAUAUAUAUAUAUAUAUAUAUACAAAAUAUUUACACAUCAUAUUCUAAUUAUAUUCUCCUCUGAACUACACCAUUCUAAAGUCGUAUUACACCAAACCAAAUCUAUAUUUGUACUUGUUGAUAAAUAAUGAUAUAUACUCUGUAAGAAGAUUUGAAAAGAAUAUGUUCACCAAGGUUACUAUUUCUUGUGAACUAUCAUUUUGGUAUUUAUUUCUAAGUUAGAAACCCACUACUGUGUUGAUGCAGAUGGCCCGGUAUACUACGAAGAAUAAAUGCUUUUUUAGUAGAACCCCCUGUAAUGUUGGAAAUGGUAAUGGAUGUUAUUAGAAGAAAGAAGUAAAAAAAAAGAUUACAAAAAAAGGAAUUAGCCAAUAUAUCUUUUCACAUUUCAGUUACACUUGCUUCAGCAAUAGUCAUAAUUACCUUGCAGAAUGGCUGCUUAUUGAUAGAUGCUUUGAUGCUAA